AUUCAAAUGGGCGAUCGCGACCGAGAAGUGCUCAGUGACGACGCGCCGCUGGUCGAGCACCCCGUGGCUCGCCGGCUUCCCGGUCGACGGAAAGCGGGCGCGGCUUCCGUGUCUGUCGACCAGCAGCAAGUGCAGUCGCGUGUAUCGGGCAAGGGCGACGCUGACGCAGAGAGUCGGGCCGGUGAUGAUUCGGCCUUCCCGGAUUACCUCACUCCGCUGGAGCUCUUUGCACGAGCCCGCGAGACCAAGCAGCCCGUCCGCAUCUGCGCACCAAUGGUGCGAUACUCAAAACUUGGCUUUCGAGAAUUAGUGCGCGCGUUUGGAUGCGAUCUGGCUUAUACCCCAAUGACGGUCGCCGAAAACUUUAUCUUGUCCAAACGAGGCCGAGACAAUGAUUUCUCGACCAACGAGUACGACCAUCCUGUUAUUGUUCAAUUUGCUGCCAAGCACACAGAAAUGCUAUGUACAGCCGCCGAGAUGGUGGCUCCCUAUGUCGAUGGGAUUGACAUCAACUGCGGAUGUCCGCAAAGAUGGGCAAUGAGUGAAGGCUACGGCUCGGCAUUGCUGCGCAAGCCCCAGUUGAUUUACGAUAUGGUACGAGCCGCGAAGAGUCGGAUUACAAUUCCUGUCUCUGUCAAAAUCCGAAUCAACCUGGACUUCAAGAAAACCAUUGAGCUGGCACAAACCGCUGAGCGAGCAGGGGCGGAUUGGAUUGCUGUGCACGGUCGAACCCCGUCGAUGCGACACGAGCCUGUCAUUCUAGAAGGCAUCAAAGCGGUCAAGGAUAAUGUUAGCAUCCCUGUUGUGGCGAACGGCGAUAUAAAUUCAAUGCUGGAUGUUAAUGCUGUGGCUGCCGCGACUGGAGUUGACGGUGUCAUGUCGGCUCGUGGACUGUUGGCCAACCCAGCUCUCUUUGGGGGCUACGCAUUUGCGCCUGCUUCUUGCCUGGACAAGUGGAUUCAGAUUGCGUUGUCAAGCCGAAUUCCAUAUUCGCUGUUCCACACUCACGUCAUGAAUAUGGACGACCCUCGAGUCUUGAGCAAAGAAGCCCGAGCUCGUUUCUUUGCCACGCAAUCGUAUGACGAUGGCAUUGCCGAACUCAAACGGGAGCAUCCUUCCAUCCAGGCUCAUUUGGCACCCCUCCAACCGGAGAGACAUUGCGAGAAGGUGAUUGAUGCGGGCGAUGAACCCAACAAGAAGGCACGCCGAGCUGCCAUUCUUGGGCUUCCUCUCGAGCCAGAGCUUCCAGCCAAUCCGUCUGCAGAUGCUGACGACAGUUCCGAUGUUGCGCUGAUCCCAUGGUGACGGAGUGUGAAUGGAAAGUUGUGAAUGGACAUUUUUGGGAU